AUGAACCCCAAGGCGGCUUCCAAGAAGCGCAAGGCUGUUACCCGCGAUGUGGAGGAAGAAGCCGGUGUUUUCUCCGGCGACGAACUGAGCAAAGGCAACGCAGAAUUGUCCGACAACGCCAACGAUCUCUCGGAGAGUGAAGACAGCGACUCGGAGGUCGAAUUGGUUGAUGAAUUCAGUGAUGACGAAGAUGAGGAAGAGGAAUUGGACAGCGAUGAGAUUCCCUCCGACACUGAGGGCGACAAGCCGGCUGCUGGUGAACGUAAUUUCCGCGUUGUGAAGGAUGCCAAUGGCAACGACCGUUUCCUUUGGGACGAAAUCCACCCCGACGACAACUCCGAGAUCUCCGAGGCCGAUGAAAACGCCAAUACUAUUGGCGAUAUUCCGCUGAAGUUCUACGACGAAUAUCCCCACAUUGGUUACGAUAUCAAUGGAAAGAAGAUCAUGCGCCCUGCCAAGGGCGAGGCCCUAGAUGCUUUGCUCGACAGCAUUGAAAUCCCCAAGGGCUGGACUGGUCUUACCGAUCCCAAGACCGGAAAGCCAUUGGAGCUCAGCCAGGAUGAAUUGGAGCUGCUGCGCAAGGUGCAGAUGAACGAGGUUCCCUCUGAGGGUUACGACCCGUAUGAGCCUACGGUAGAAUGGUUCACCAGUCAGACCGAGAUCAUGCCACUGAGCGCUGCUCCCGAGCCUAAGCGUCGCUUUGUGCCAUCCAAGCACGAGCAGAAGCGUGUGAUGAAGCUUGUGAAGGCUAUUCGCGAGGGUCGUAUCUUGCCCUACCAAGCUCCCGAGGACAAGGAGGACAAGGAGGAUGAACUCAUCAACUACGACCUGUGGGCUGAUGAAGCUGAGCGACCCGACCAUGUCAUGCACAUCCCGGCACCCAAACUCCCGCCUCCUGGUUACGAGGAGAGUUACCACCCACCCGCCGAGUACCUGCCUGAUAACAAGGAGCGCAAGGAAUGGGCACAGAUGGACCCCGAGGAUCGCGAGAAGGACUUCCUGCCGAACGACUUUGGCUCUCUUCGCAGAGUUCCUGGAUACGACAACUUCGUCCAGGAGAAGUUCGAGCGUUGUUUGGAUCUUUACCUUGCUCCACGUGUGCGUCGCAGCAAGCUCAACAUUGACCCCGAAAGCCUUCUUCCCAAGCUCCCCAGCCCCGAAGAGCUGAAGCCCUUCCCGACUGCAUGUGCCACCGUCUUCCGUGGCCACAAGGGCCGUGUGCGCUCCGUCAAUGUGGACCCAACCGGAAUCUGGCUGGCCACUGGUGGUGACGAUGGUACUGUCCGCGUUUGGGAGCUUCUCACAGGUCGUCAGCUGUGGAGUGCCAAGUUGAGUGAUGAUGAGGCCAUCAACGUUGUCCGCUGGCGUCCAGGCAAGGACGGCGUGAUUCUCGCCGCUGCUGCAGGUGACGAUAUCUUCCUUUGCGUGCCUCCCAUUGUCGACCCUGAGAUCGAGAAGGCCAGUUUGGAUAUCAUCGACGCAGGAUGGGGUUUCGCUGCCUCCCGUCCCGCCCCCAGCGCCUCCGAGGAGGGCAAGAAGAGCGCGCCUCCCACCUGGAUCCGACCCUCGGCCGCCCUCCUGGAUGCUGGUGUCUGCGUGGUCAUCCCGCUUCGCUACGUCCCCAAGUCCAUCUCGUGGCACCGCCGUGGUGACUACUUCGUCACCGUUUGUUCUGGCGCCUCGACCCCCGCUUCCGUUGCAAUCUCCAUCCACACUGUCAGCAAGCACCUGACGCAAUUCCCCUUCCGACGUCGUCUCAAGGGUGGUGGUCCCCCUCAGACUGCCCACUUCCACCCCUCGAAGCCCAUUCUCUUCGUUGCGAACCAGCGCUCUAUCCGUGCUUACGAUCUCUCCCGCCAGCUCCUCGUCAAGAUCUUGCAGCCUGGUGCCCGCUGGAUUUCAUCUUUCGACAUUCACCCAACUUCAUCCAGCGCCUCCGGUGGUGACAACAUCAUCAUUGGUUCUUACGAUCGUCGUCUCCUUUGGCACGAUCUCGAUCUCUCCCAGCGCCCUUACAAGACUCUUCGCUACCACAAGAAGGCUAUUCGCGCCGUCAAGUUCCAUCCCAGCGGACGCUACCCGCUGUUCGCAGAUGCCUCCGACGAUGGAUCCCUACAGAUCUUCCACGGCAGUGUCACUGGUGACAUGCUCAGCAAUGCUACCAUUGUCCCAUUGAAGGUUCUCAAGGGCCACAAGAUCACAGGCGAACUUGGUGUGUUGGAUAUUGAUUGGCACCCUCGUGAGGCGUGGGCCGUCAGUGCCGGUGCCGAUGGAACGUGUCGCUUGUGGAUGUAA